GCGAAGAGGCCAGAGGGGAGGCAAAUAGAGCACGCAACUCCAUGGCGAUGGAGGAGCGGGUGUUAAUGGAUCUGGCGCGGAUGGUGCCGGCGACCCUCCUGCUCAUCGGCACCUCGGAAAAGGUCAUCACGAGCAUCAAGAGCGCCCGCGAGCUGCUCGCCGGGGACAAGUGGGGAUUCGACGACUCCGACGACCCCGCGUCUCCGCCUUCGAAUACCGCCCGAGGCGGAGACCGCGGCGCCAGCGACCCCGUAGAGGCCACCGGAGGCGGCGAUCACAGCGUCGGCGUCCACGAGGAGACCACCGGAGGCGGCGAUCCCAGCGUCCGCGGCGUACCCUUGAAGACCACUUGCGGUAGCCCGGCCAGGCUCCGCUGCGGGAUCUCCGUGAACAACGGUGGCGGGGAUGGCGCCGUCGAUGGCACGUCCUCCGGCUUCGACAAGUGGGCCGACGCCGCCGACAUCCUGGCCAGCGCGCUGGCCCCCGAGGGUGAUCUCCCCGUCGCCUACCGCGAGAUCACGCGUCUCGUCGCGCUUCACGCCGAGGCCGGGCACGUCUUCGUCGUCUGCGCCGCGCGCCUCGGCCUCCAACAGGUCGACGACGAAGAAGACGCGCCUAUCGGCUUGUUCCAACCCGACCACGGCGCGCCGUGGAAGCGGUGGAUGGACCUCCGGGAGGCCGCCGUCCGCCACGCCCACGACGCGCUGCUCCGGUUGAGCUCCGCCGCGUCGGCGGCCGCCGCGGCCGAGGACUUCCUACGGUGGCGCUCUAACGGCAUCGAGUCCCCGCGCUGGGAAGGGUGGCGGUCGGCGGCGAGGCAGCUCGUGCAGGACGCCAGAGGCAGCCUCGGCGAGGCCAAGGACGCGGUGAGGCUGAUGCGCGACGCCGUGCUGUGUGAGUUCUUCGAGACCUGGACGAUUCUGAGACGCGCGUAACUGCAGGCUGCCUCUCUGAUGGCUUCCUGCUUUGUGUGGGCUCCCAGCUUACCCAAACUUUGCUUAAUUUGUUGGAGCUGGGGGAUUUCAGAUUCGAUUUUUGUGUGUGAAUAUGAACAUGCGAUUUAUUUGAUCAGCCAUGGUGAAAAUGGAGUGAUCAAAAUUUGUCA